CAGGCGAGACAGGAACUUCAUUCCCCUCUGGGUCAGGAUCGCAGAAAUUAUGCCCCUUCUCUCACCAUGAGCUGGCUCUCCAAUUCUCAGGGUGUUGUGCUAACUGCCUAUCACCCCAGCGGCAAGGACCAGGCCGUGGGGGACAGCCAUGCAAAGGGAGGGGAGGAAGUCUCCUCGAGCCGAAGACAUGGCCAUUAUAACAUGAACCAAGAAAGCACCACUUCCAGAGUUGCAGAGAGGCCUCCAUUUGAUCGAUCUAGUUCCCAGGAUUCCUUGGACGAAUUAUCAAUGGAGGACUAUUGGAUAGAGCUAGAAAACAUCAAGAAAUCCAGUGAAAACAGUCAACAAGACCAAGAAGUGGUGGUUGUCAAAGAGCCUGAUGAAGGAGAACUGGAAGAAGAAUGGCUUAAAGAGGCUGGGUUGUCUAAUCUCUUUGGGGAGUCUAUUGAUGAUCCCCAAGAAAGCAUGGUAUUCUUAUCUACACUGACCCGGACUCAGGCAGCGGCUGUUCAGAAACGGGUGGAGACCGUCUCCCAGACCUUGAGGAAGAAAAACAAACAACAUCACAUUCCUGAUGUCAGAGAUAUAUUUGCUCAGCAGAGAGAGUCGAAAGAAAAAGCUCCAGAUGGCACUGAAUUGCAGUCAGUAGGAACAAAUGAAAACAAAUACGAAGGAAAAGAUGACCAGGCAUCUAGCCUCAUUGUUGGUAAUAAGGAGCUGGUCGUCCUGGCAUCUGAGGAUACACCUGUCUGUGAAACAGACAUCAACCUGGAGGUGUCGUUUGCAGAACAAGCAGUGAAUCAGAAAGAGAACUCUAAGGAUAAGUUUCAGAAGAACAAAGGCUGCGAUGCCUCAUUACCUAGUUUCAGAUUGCCAAAAGAUAAGACAGGCACAACAAAGAUUGGAGACCUGGCAUCUCAGGACAUGAAGAAAGUUUGCCAUUUAGCCCUGAUUGAAUUGACAGCACUCUAUGAUGUAUUGGGCAUUGAACUAAAGCAACAGAAAGCUGUGAAAAUCAAAACAAAAGAUUCUGGUCUUUUUGGUGUCCCAUUGACCACAUUAUUAGAACAAGAUCAGAGGAAAAUGCCAGGAACUCGAGUACCUUUGAUCUUUCAAAAACUGAUUUCUCAAAUUGAAGAGGGAGGUUUGGAAACAGAAGGCCUCCUACGGAUACCAGGAGCUGCCAUGAGAAUCAAGAAUCUUUGCCAAGAACUAGAAGCAAAGUUCUAUGAAGGGACUUUUAAUUGGGAGAGUGUCAAGCAGCAUGAUGCAGCCAGUCUGUUGAAGCUCUUCAUCCGGGAGCUGCCCCAGCCCCUGCUCAGCGCAGAAUACCUCAAGGCCUUUCAGGCUGUGCAGAAUCUUCCCUCCAAGAAGCAACAACUCCAGGCCUUGAACCUCCUGGUCAUCCUCCUGCCCGAAAUAAACAGAGACACUCUGAAGGCCCUGCUUGAAUUUCUCCAAAGAGUCAUAGAUAAUAAAGAGAAAAAUAAAAUGACUGUCAUGAAUGUUGCAAUGGUCAUGGCUCCAAAUCUCUUCAUGUGUCAACUGGGUUUGAAGAGCAGCGAGCAGCAAGAAUUAGCAAAGGCAGCUGGGACAGCAAACAUCAUGCUCUUACUUAUUAAGUAUCAGAAACUUCUAUGGACAAUUCCCAAGUUUAUUGUCAACCAAGUAAGGAAGCAAAACUCUGAAAAUCAGAGAAAGGAUAGGAAAGCCAUGAAGAAAUUGCUAAAGAAAAUGGCUUAUGACCGGGAAAAAUAUGAAAAACAAGAUAAGAGUAUAAAUGAUGCUGACGUUCCUCAGGGAGUGAUUCGAGUGCAAGCUCCCCAUCUUUCGAAAGUUUCCAUGGCAAUACAGCUAACUGAAGAACUAAAAGCCAGUGAUGUACUUGCCAGGUUUCUCAGCCAAGAAAGUACUGGUGUGGCCCAGACUCUGAAGAAAGGAGAAGUUUCUUUGUAUGAGAUUGGAGGAAAUAUUGGGGAACGCUGCCUUGAUGAUAAUACCUACAUGAAGGACUUAUAUCAGCUCAACCCCAAUGCCGAAUGGGUCAUAAAGUCAAGACCAUUGUAGAAGCUGGAAGUUGAUGCUUGCCCUGAAAACUUCUGUAGACAUUCUUGCUUGGUCAAGAGUGUACAUAAAACCAAUGAUGGGGAUCUUAUUUCUCAGCUGUACUCAAUUAUUAACAACUGACAUCCUCAAGCCUUAAACAGAAAAAAAAGACGUGCUGCUGCCAGAAUUAUGCUAAUUAUCAUUAGAAAACAAAUAAUUCUGGAGUAAGAAGAAAGGGGUUUAAUUAGCUUGUGGGUUGUUUUUAUCUACUCUGAAAUUCAUCCAGAUGUGAGAGAUUUUUUUUGAUGAAAAUAUGUUUUUUACUCCUCACUUUUCCUUGUAAAAAGCGUAUGUUCUGAAAUACAUAUA